AUGAUAAAGCGGAAGAAGAAUAUUAUGGUGAUAAUUUGUAGAGAUUUAAAUUUUUUAUGUAAUAGAUAUAAUUUUAUUAAAAAAAAAUGGCAUCCCCUUUUUGUUUCUUCCUACUUUGUUCACACAUCAAUAGGGGUAGAAAAUAAUAUGACUGUUAAUAUUAAAAAAAGUGAAACAAAUCAAUUACUAAAAUUUAAUGACAACCCAAAUAAUAUAAACAUACAAACUCCUAUUUAUAAAAAAUACAUAAUUGAUGAAACAUUUUGUCCAUAUAUAAUAAAAAAGAAAACAUUUUUAAAUAUAAUAUCAUAUGAUAUAAAAGUAUACCAACACAAUAUGCUAUAUAAAAAAAGUGAUGGGUGUAACAAUGCAUAUUUAUAUUCUACAAAGUUAAAAAGUUUAAAAUAUAGUGAUAGGAUAAGUAGCUAUUUAAACGUAAAUCUGUUUACUAAUGGGAAUACAGGGAAUAAUUAUAUUAGCAACAAUUAUAUGGUUUCGAAAAAGAGUCUCUUUGAUAUAUUAUAUAAAAAAUAUAGCUUAGUUUAUUUAUUUCCAGACACUAAAUAUAUUGAAGAAAUGAAUAAAUACUUAGACGAUUUUAAUAAGAGAAAAAACCAUUAUAAUAUAAAAGAUAACAUUUUUAAUAAUGAAAAAAAUAUAAUUUAUUUGAAAAAUAAAAAAAAAACUAUUCAUAUAUUUUAUUGUUAUAUAUCCCCAUAUAAAUUUGUCUUAUCAUCAUAUUUCAGUAAAAAAAUUGCUAAAAAUUUAAAGACUACCUAUUUUAAUGAUCAAAAUUUUUUUUAUAUAGAUAGUAAAUUAAAUACAAAUGAUGAAAAUGUAUUGUUAUUACAAAAUAAUAUGAGUAAACUACCUUCCCUUUUAUUGGUUGACAACUAUUGUUACAUAAGAUAUCAUAUAAAGGGAUUAUUCACAAAUGAAUCAUCUCAUUACCUUUUUAAUGCAAUCAUGAAUAUUUAG